AUGACCCGCGUCUACGUCUACUCGUCGGCCCUGGUGGCCUUUGUAGCCGCGACCGGCAUGGUUGUCGCAUCCAUCUUUAUACCCAACUGGGUUUCCUACUCCGUCACGACUCCCAAGGGCGACGUCGUCGAGAAGCACAUUGGCCUGCACAGGACCUGCUCAAACCUCGACAGCCCGACAUGUAGGGAGUUCCCCACGGCCGACUUGUGCCAGGCGGGGCAGCGCUACUUUUGCGACAUGUGGAAAACGGUCGGGUUCAUGGCUUCGCUGGCCGCGAUAAUGUGCCUGGCCAGUCUCGUCUGCUUCCUGGUCGUCAUGAAGGGCGGCAAGUACAAGCGCGAAACGGGCUGGCCGUUGGUCAGCGGCAUGCUCACCCUGGUGUCGGUGGUGGAGUUGGUCAUAAUCUCUAUUGUGGCCUACCUGUUUGAUCAUGACGACCAGUUCGCCAUUCCCGGUUGGAAGCUCGACGUGUCGUGGUGCAUCAGCGCUGCUAGCGCUGCCAUUGCUCUUCUUACAGCGGCAGGUCUGGCUGUAUCCGCGCAGUUGUUGCCCCCCGAGGAGGGGUAUGACUUUCUUGACGACCCGGUUGAUGCUUGA